UCUGCUGCAGCUGGGGCUCUGAAAUGGGUUAAUUGGGGCCGGAGUAAUUAUUGGCAAGAGAGGAGCUGACGUGUGCCUUUGGGAGGAUAAAUUACAAGCAGAUUUAUAAACACUCCAAAUAACUGGAAUCAUGUAGCUGGAACAGCCAAGCACUAGAGUUUCAAGCUGCUUCUUCUCCCUUUGAGAAAUCGAAACUCGACCUGCAAGCAAGAAUUCGUCAGGCACCUUUCUUUAGGAGGGUUAGGCUACUUCUUUAGAAUGACAAGUUUUUUAGAUAAUUACACAGAGCAGAGGGAAAAACAAGAGUUUUGGCUUUGUUUUGUGGGUUUUCUUUUUUAAAAUGACAGACUUUCUUACUGUGCUUACCUGUUAAAACUAAGCAACUCAGCAUGGAUGUUGCUACAAACACUCAUGUGUUUUGUUUUCCUUACAGGAUUCUCUUUAGUCAUAUUUCUUGCGAAGGAUUAUAUUUUACUGUUUUCCUGCAGGAUGAAAGUAAUACACAGAGCGAAACCCUGGGGACUGGAGCUUCUCUUCAGUUUCUGCCUGGCCGCUCUCCCCAGCAGCAGCGCCUGUCCCAGGCUCUGCGCCUGCUAUGUCCCCACCGAAGUACAUUGUACUUUCCGGUACUUCACCGCCAUCCCACCACACAUCCCUCCCAAUGUGGAGCGCAUCAAUUUUGGUUACAACAGCUUGCUUAAACUGACUGAAACAGAUUUUUCUGGCCUCGAGAAACUGGAGUUACUGAUGCUGCACAGCAAUGAGAUAAAUACAAUCCCUAAUAAAGUGUUCAGUGAUUUACAUUCAUUACAGGUCCUAAAAAUGAGUUAUAACAAAGUCAGAGUACUUCAGCAGGGUGUUUUUUAUGGUCUAAAGAGCUUGGUACGGUUGCAUAUGGACCACAAUAGAAUCGAAUUUGUAAAUCCCAACGUUUUCUAUGGACUCACAUCACUGAGGUUAGUCCAUUUGGAAGGAAAUUUACUUAAGCAGCUUCAUCCCGACACUUUUGUCACCUUGCGCUAUUUUGAAAUAUUUAAAAUAUCCUCCAUAAAGCAUAUAUAUUUGUCUGACAAUUUGUUGACUUCACUACCACAAGAAAUGUUUUCCCACAUGUCUGAGCUAGAGAGCAUUUACCUCCAUGGAAACCCUUGGUCCUGUGACUGCAGUCUACAGUGGUUUGCAGAAUGGGCAAAAGAGAGACCAGAUGUUAUAAAGUGCAAAAAAGACAGAAGCUCUUCUGGUGCUCACCAAUGCCCAGCUUGUGCUAACCCCAAAAAUUGUAAAGGGAAAAACUUAGUGGAUAUUCCACCUGCAUCCUUAACCUGCACUAAGCCAGCCAUACAUCACUCCCUGAAACUGAAAAACAUCACAGUGCCAGAUGAUGGGGAUUUCAGUUCCGUGUCUCCCAAGGACUUUAUAGCGCCUAUAGGAUCCAUGGUUUUGAACAUGACUGACCAAGCGGGAAGUCAAGGUAACUUGGUUUGCAACAUCCAGAAACCUAAAGAAACGUCUCCCAUCUCAUUUGACAAAGAUGGCAACAGUACAGUACUCAAAAUAUCAUUUUCAGCAUUUCUUGUGUGUGGCAUUGAUUAUGAACAUAUUCAGCAGCUAUGGAGCAUAUUGGCCCUGUACAGUAAUUCUCCCCUCGAACUAGAAAGGAAUAUCCUACCAACUAAAAUGCCUUUUAUUAGUUACAAAUACAAACAGAUCUACUCCGAAAAGAAUGAACUAUUUACCAAUAUAGAAACCGAACUGAGAGCCAAACCAUCUUGGUUAAUGCAAAACAAAGUGGCAUUACAGCUAGACAGGACAGCAACCACACUUAACACAUUGCACAUCCAAUACUUUACUGAUGCUCAGAUUAUUUUGCCCAGCGCUGACAAAACACAUGCGAGAAAUAACUGGGCAAUAAUCUCCAGGGACAACAAAACACAAACAGAACACACUGUUUUAACUGGGGGGACAGUGGAGCUAGAUUGCCGAGCAAUUGGAGAACCAACUCCUGCAAUAGAGUGGAUAUUGGCUGAUGGGAGCAAAGUUAGAGCUCCUUACAUCAGUGAAGAUGGAAGAAUCGUAGUAGUUAAAACCGGAACAUUUACGUUACGGACAGCGGAUACUUUUGACACUGGACUUUAUCAUUGCAUAGGCACAAAUUAUGAUGAUGCAGAUACCCUCACAUUUAGAAUUACUGUGGUUGAUCCUUAUGUGGAAUACAGUCAUGUAAACGGAGCUCGACUUUCUACAUUUAUUGGUAGCGUCCUCUACCUUCCAUGUCCAUCCACUGCUGUUCCAGACGCUUCCAUUAGUUGGGUGUUACCUGAGCAUGUGAUUCUUCAUCAUUCUGUAAGAAACAAACAUAUUUUUGACAACGGUACCUUGAAAAUUCAAGGGGUGACAGAGCAAGACAGCGGCUACUUUAGAUGCGUUGCAGCCAACCCGUACGGUGUUGAUCUUUUGGUAUUUCAAGUGCUAGUUAAAAUGGAGGAAGCAGAGCCACAGAAAAAGCAUGUAGCUGUGGGAGAAUGGGAAGAGGGAGAGGGCUCUGGCAACAUAAUGCUUGCCUCUGUUACGAGCCAUAAAAAUUCUUUAGCUUCUCUGGCUACCCUGACAGCUAAUCAGGAAUCUGCUGCCUCAGCAUCUAGAAAGCAAACCGUACAGAGUGCAAACAAAAGGAACAGCUAUGGAAAAAUGACUUACUGGCGCCACAGGGACAAAAUAAGCAGGAGGUUUAGAGGACACAGAAGACAGUUUGUUUCCUCAGCCAGGAGGGUCGAUCCACAGCGCUGGGCAGCCUUUUUGGAAAAAACAAAGAGGAACUCGACACUGAUAGAAAGACAAGGAAGAGUUGCAACAAACCCACCUGUUCAAGUCUGUAAGUCCUCAAAAGUAUCUGAGGAUGAGGAAGAAACAUCUGGUGAUCCUACUUCUCCAGAACUAGAAUCUGCGUUACUGGCAACUAAGACACCCACUCUGUCUCCUCUGGGGAAAGUAAUGGAAAACAUGACAAGUGCAGAACUUGAGAUUACCACAAGUAACACUCUUACUAGGAAAACUUCUGUCUUGCUUACAGAGGCAAUAACUCCACAAGCUUCUCCGUUUUCACCAUCUGUCUCACCUGACAGCAGAAGGCCCCAAACGUAUGUAAAACCUACAAUCACAAACCCUAAAUCAUGGGAAAGUCAGAUAUCAGCAAAUGGUAUAGAACAAUCAACUGUAGCAAAUGGAGCAAGUAGAACAUCUGCAGUCUUUGAUGCUAGGCACAGAUUGGUAACUUCUGAGGAAAAUAACAGUCAAGAUUUAAAAUCUGCAUCUAUGACACCCAUGACGAGUGUUACAGACGCCAGCACGCACAUAACUUCCCAAAAACCAGCAGAAAAGCUACAUGUUUUUACCGAGUCCAUUGAUAAGACUUCAAACAAAACAGAUCAUCAGGUAUCUGCAGUGACAGUCAGUGAACCAAGUCCUGAAUUAGGUUACGUUUCUUUUCAUAGUACUCAGAAAUUAGUAACUCCUAAGCUACCCUCGGGUUCAACUAACAUUACUCAUCGGCAGAUUCAGCUUAUUCGGGAUGUUACAGCUCAUACACCCCAGGAUCAGCAGCAACGUGGAAGACGAAGGAAAAUUUCUGGUAGGAGACGAAUUGUCAGACCAGACCGAAUUCCAAGUAUGAAAGAGCACAGAUACAAUUUGGGGAGACCAGGCUCUUUCAGAGGAAGAACAGCUACAGUUCCAGGUAUCCAACUGAUUACAAAAUACAUCUCAGACUCACUCACCUUAAAUAAUGCAAGCAGUUCCCUCAACCCAUUUAGCCCAGAAGCACCUCUGUCCCCUGCCUUUACCAAAAAUAUGCCAUUAGAGCACCCAAAAGGUAUUCAUGAAAACACAGCAUUCCUCAUGGAAGAGGAAAAUGACCCUACUGCAAGACAACAAGCUACUUCUACAAUCAUGCCUUUCAUCACAGAAGGCACACGAGAUGAUCCUCCGUGGAAAUCGGAGACCAGUGCUUCAUUUCAAUCAAAUACUGAUAGGCUCCAACCUUUUAGUAUGAGACUUCCAGCAGCAGCAAUCCACAAACCUUGGGUUGCUACAGAAGUUACACAUACUGUAAGCCCCAAGAUAUCAUCUACUCUUGAAUCUGUCUCACCCAACACUAAGUCUGGAACCUCAUCAAAAAAUUCCCAAAUAGGAAAAAUUACUUGGGACCACGUCUUUGGGAAUAACACAGAAAAGGAGGUAUUGAAGAAGCUGCCGAAAAAACAUACAGAGAUGUUUCCAUCAUCAGCGAUAUCAACCGCGCAUCCUAAAACUACAACAGCAUUAUCUAUGUCCGAAGUGCCUCCUUUGCACUUCACACCUAUUUCAACCAGGGAGAAUCACAGUGCUGGUUUGUCGUCUCUAAACAAGCACGUUCAUCAUGACAGUGGUAUGUCAGAAAAACUUUCUCCCGUUGCAGAACUGCAUUCUUACUCUAAUCCUGCAACUAUUGCAACCAAAGAAACUGAUGUAACAAGUUUGAAGCCGACAGUUGUAUCUAUUAUUACUCCUCAAACUGACACCAAAAUCACUAAGAGUAGAACACUGAGAACGGGAAGAAAAAGAGGUCAGAGGAGGAAGAGGCCCCAUAAAACAGCUACCUCACAAAGCACGACUACAGGCCACAGCACUACAGUGAUUUCAUCAGUGAAUGCAGCCAUGCCUGUCUUGACAACAGUUAAAUCACUAACUACGCCUACAAGUCUUAGGACCACAAAAUCUCUCUCCGAGAACACAAGCACAAUCUCAGUUACAGAAACGACAGCACUUUCCCUUAGCGCAGAGGUACCUCAUCGCAUGCCUUCAACAACCAGACAGACAUCAGUGACGCCUAGUCCACACAAGAGCAUCCAGUCAAUUCAGUUACCACCCGAUGGUCACAUUGCCCAGAACCCCACCGCUGCAAUCCAGACCACACCACUGUUUUCCAAGCCUUUCCCUGCCACAAGCACGCGACCCGCCACGGCGUUUGUAAUGUCUAGAUCAGAACCUGCUCAGCAAAUCAAAGCCACCACAGCGGCAGGUGAAAAAUCACACCCCAAAAUGGAAGAGAAAGCUAUCCCGCAAGAUUACGUUGCACGGUCCGUGUUCCCAGGAAGAGCUGAGCUAAGCACCGGAACUCCGGCUAUAACCACGCACUUCGUUUCUGCCAGGAUUCAGCCUCCAACCUCGCUGCCAGCCCUGACAACAGGCGUGCCACCUGCAGCUAUUGUGAGAACCAAUUCGCCUCCAUGGUGGGAAAACAAGUUCUGGCAUAAGCCAUCUACCAAAGUUACAGAAAGAGGCACAACACUAACUGUCAAUACACUGACCAUAUUGAAGUCAUCACAGAGCUCUACUCCAUAUGCUCCUAUGUGGGGAAGGGACAAGGACAACUCUGUCAAAGGCUGGUCUGAAAACAGACAUGAUCAAGAAACUACCACCAACAGUCCUAUAACCUUGGACUCCUUAUACAGAAGUCACUUUGCAAAGCCUAGAAUAAUAGGCGGAAAAUUAGCUGCUUUUACUGUGCUAGCUAAUUCAGAUGCUUUCAUUCCUUGUGAAGCUACUGGUAACCCCCUUCCAACAAUACAAUGGACCAAGAUAUCAUCAGAGCCUGAUGCGUCAAAAAGCACACGUGACCAGAGGUUUGAAGUCUUCGCCAAUGGUACCCUCUCCAUUGUGGAGGUGCGUGUCCAGGACGGUGGACAGUACCUGUGCGUUGCAGCCAACCGGCACGGCUCAGCACGGCUCCUGGUCACUUUGUCGGUGGUGGCCUAUCCGCCGCGGAUCGUAGAGGGGAGAUCCCGGGUCAUCACCGCCCAUUCCGGAGAGCCUGUGGCAGUGACGUGCAAAGCUGAGGCUAGGCCUGCUCCCACCUUUUCGUGGAUCCUGGCAAAUAAAACAUACGUCUCAGAUUCUUCCACAGGACAUAAAAGAGUUUCUGUGCAACCAGACGGCACUUUAAUUAUCAGGGAAGUCAAUGUUUAUGACAGGGGCCUUUACACAUGCAUGGCUAAUAAUCCAGCUGGCACCGAUACACUCGUCGUCAAACUGCAAGUCGUUGCAGCACCUCCCUUCAUUCUGGAAGAAAAGAGACAACACGUUGAAGGGAUGAUGGGGGAAAAUCUGAAACUUCCUUGCACUGCAAAAGGAAACCCUCAUCCCAGCAUUCACUGGGUCCUCUUCGACGGGACAGUAGUGAAACCUUUGCAGUUUGUGAAUGGGAAAUUCUUCCUGUUUUCCAAUGGAACGCUCCACAUGAGAAACAUUGCUCCUUCCGACAGCGGGAAUUACGAGUGCAUAGCUACAAGCUCCACUGGCUCAGAGAGGAGGGUGGUACAUCUUGCGGUGGAACGGAGAGAUACGCUUCCAAAGAUAGCUAACGCCUCUCAAAAAAUGACUCAGUUGAAUUUUGGGGAUAAGUUGCUUCUGAACUGCACGGCUACUGGGGAGCCAAAGCCCAGGAUAAUGUGGCGGUUACCUUCCAAGGCAGUUGUUGACCAGUGGCACAGAAUGGGAAGUCGAAUCCAUGUAUAUCCCAAUGGAUCCUUGGUUAUCGAGGCAGUUACUGAGAAGGACGCAGGUGACUAUUUAUGUGUUGCAAGAAACAAAAUUGGAGAUGAUCUGAUACUGAUGAAAGUCAGCAUCACAAUGAAACCAGCCAAGAUUGACCAGAAACAGUAUUUUAAAAAAAUAGUACCAUAUGGAAAGGAUUUCAAAGUGGACUGCAAGGCCUCUGGGUCACCUGCACCAGAGAUAUCCUGGAGUUUGCCAGAUGGCACAACAAUCAAUAACGUGAUGCAGGCAGAUGACGGUGGACGCAGGUCUCGGAGAUAUGUCCUCUUUGACAAUGGAACCCUGUAUUUGAACAAAGUAGGAAUAAUGGAAGAAGGGGAUUAUACCUGCUACGCUCAAAACACCCUGGGAAGAGAUGAAAUGAAGAUACACAUCACAGUCGUAACAACUGCCCCUCAAAUAAAGCAUAGCCACAAGGCAUACGUUAAAGUGAAAGCUGGAGAUAUGGCAUUAUUAGAUUGUGAAGUCAUUGGAGAACCCAAGCCAAAAAUAUUCUGGCUACUACCUUCCAGUGACAUGAUCUCCUUUUCAACAGACAGGUAUCUCCUGCAUGUUAAUGGUUCUCUAUCAGUCAGUCGAGUCAAACUGUUAGAUGCCGGGGAGUACAUGUGUGUCGCUCGUAAUCCUGGAGGGGAUGAUACAAAACUGUAUAAACUGGAAGUUGUUUCUAAGCCACCUAUCAUAAAUGGUUUGUACACGAACAAAACAAUCAUUAAAGUGAGGGCAGUGAGGCAUUCAAAGAAGCAAAUUGAAUGUAGGGCAGAAGGGACACCGCCCCCUCAGAUUAUGUGGAUCAUGCCCGAUAAUAUUUUCCUAACAGCUCCAUAUUAUGGGAGCAGGAUUACAGUGCACAAAAAUGGGACACUUGAAAUUCGGAACCUAAGGCCUUCUGACACAGCAGAUUUUAUCUGUGUGGCACGUAAUGACGGGGGAGAGAGCAUGUUAGUGGUGCAGUUGGAGGUAUUAGAAAUGCUAAGGCGACCAAUGUUUAAAAAUCCAUUUAACGAAAAAGUAAUAGCAAAACCUGGAAAAACUACCAUAUUGAAUUGUUCCGUGGACGGAAAUCCUCCACCUGAAAUAAUGUGGAUGUUGCCUAACGGCACAUGGUUUUCCAGGGGGAUCAAGACUUCUCAGUUUCUUACAGGAAGCAACGGUACCCUUACCAUCUACAAUACUGCUGGAGAUGACGCAGGAAAGUACCGCUGUGCUGCUAGGAAUAAAGUUGGCUAUAUUGAAAAGCUGAUCAUCUUGGAAGUUGGCCAAAAGCCCAAUAUUCUCAUUCAUCCAAAAGGACCGGUGAAGGGCAUUAGUGGGGAGUCACUAUCACUUCACUGUCUGUCUGAAGGGAAUCCCAAACCAAAUACAGCAUGGACUGUACCAAGUGGCUAUGUGCUAGAUCGACCUCAGAUCAACAGGAAAUAUAUACUGCUCGAAAAUGGUACUUUAGUUAUACGAGAAGCUACCAUUCAUGACAGAGGAAGUUACGUGUGUAAGGCUCAUAACAACGCUGGGGAGUCAUCUGUAACUGUUCCUGUAAUUAUCGUAGCCUACCCCCCAAGGAUUACAAACAGGCCGCCACAGAGCAUUCGCACAGUGCCUGGUACAGCACUUCAGCUCAACUGCAUAGCACUGGGAGUACCAACGCCAGAAAUUACAUGGGAGUUACCUGACCACUCACUACUCUCCGCAGGUAACCGAGGCCGACCAUCUGGAAGCGAACUCCUUCAUCCCCAAGGGACGUUAGUCAUCCAGAAUCCCCAGCCUUCGGAUUCUGGCAUCUACAAGUGCACGGCUAAGAAUCAUCUUGGCAGUGAUUUCACAGUAACAUAUAUUCAAGUCAUUUGAAAUAAGAAAUACAAUAUGAAUGGUUGUUAACAAAGUCUACAGCUGGAUUGAGUUUGGUUUUGGAGUAAGUUUAAUCAAAGGCAGCCCCGGACAUAUAAAUUAACCUAAAUACAUUUACAGUACUCAGUCUGCAAUGACCUUGCAAAAAAGAAAGAAACAGGAGCGUAGGGAGAAAAAAAAGUUUAGCAUUAUUAACUAGCAUUGAUUUCUGUGAUUAAAUGGACUUAAAUAGCAACUAACUUCAGGCACUUUUGCUCUGCCAGCAAACAGUGAAUAAUAAAACUACCUUCCAGAAACAUACUUAGAGAUCUUCCAUGAAGGACAGACUUUUUCAUGUUAGUGUAAUAUUGUCCACCAUGUAUGACUGUGAUGAGCACGGAGCAUGUAAUGCAAGAGUAUUUAAGAACCAAAGAGCAGAUUUGAUUGUGAUGUGAUUACCUUCCUGAUACAUUUGAGUAUUUAGCAGGAUUUUUUAAAAUAAAUAUUCCAUUGGAAAGUAGUAGUGAAGUAUUUUUAACGACACAGCAUUGUUUCACGCUGAGUCCCUUUUGCAGAGCUUUGGGAGGCUACACACAAAAUGAUUUUGUUCUCAUUUUUAAGAGAGACAGCUCUGAUUAACACUUUGAAAGAAGUAAAGAAUACACCGACCGCAUGCGGAAACAGUCUAGGUUGGUAUAAUUUUCCUAUUGUCACACAGUCAGCUUUUAAAGACUUCUCACUAGAAAAUAACUGCAUCAUUUGCAUACAAAUUUAGAAUACUGGAUGCUCAAUUCAGUGGGAGGGUCUAAGAAGCAUCCUUCUGUUUAUGCAUAAAACGUGCCUGUAACAGUAGGAGACGUCUACCUACAUAUUUUACACUAACAAAUCAUGGAUUAGACUGGUCAAAUAAAUCUUUAAGCAAUUAAGACAGAAGUAAAACUGGAGUUCCUUACUUUCUUCCUAAGAGAGAGAUUAAUGUCAGGACAGCAGGGUCAAAUACAUGCAGCCUUUCCUGCUAAAUGCAGAGGCGUGGGGCACAGGGCUCUCGUGGAAGCAGCCGUGUUCUUCCUUACUGUCCCAGCUAUCCAGCAGUCUGCUGUACGGGGACGCCUCAGCAGAGCUGAAGCAAGGGCUCUUUGAGGAAAGCAGUCAGUCCCUUUAUCCAUUAC